AUUUAGAAUCAGUAAUAGAUAUUGAGUUAAAUAUUAUUGCAACUUUGGAUUUAAAUGCUAUAAUUGUUAAUGAUAAUAUAAACCUUAAUGAAGAUAAUCAAGAAAAAGUAAAUUUAGAAAGUGAAGAAGAUUUUGAUUUAGAAGAUCUAAUAGAUGAAGUUUUAAAAGAUUUUGAGUAA